AUGGUAAUAUUUUUGGCUUUCAAAGGCGUUAUUGAUGACAUUCAGGCCAUGCUAAGUAGAACAUGGUGGUCGAGAAAAGACAAAGGUAGAUUCUGGACAAUGAUCCCAUGGAAAACAUUGUGCAAACUGAAAGGGAUUGGAGGCCUUGGAAUUAGAGAUGUUAGACUGUUCAACCUUGCUCUCUUAGGGCGUCAAGUGUGGAGACUUUUAAACAAUACAUAUUCUCUUUGUUUCAAAGUGCUAUCCUCGAAGUACUUCCCUAAUGGGAAUAUUUUCCAUGCUAAAAAUGUGGACAAAGCUUCUUUCACUUGGUCCAGCAUUGCGGCAGCGGUGGAAGUCUUUAAAGAUGGCUUUGGGUGGCAGGUUGGUAAUGGAGAGAAGAUAAAUAUUUGGGCUGAUAAUUGGGGUAUGGAAGGGCAUAAUAGGGAUGUGGUCAUUAGCAACACUCUUAACCAUAAUGUAAAGAGUGUGAAAGAUCUCUGGCACGUGGAUAGAAGAAGCUGGGAUGUGAAUAAAGUUAAGCAAGCGUAUGAGCAAGACUGGGCCUACUCGUGGCUGUUGUUGAAAGAAAUGGGAUAUGGUCCUCACAGAUUUUUUUGGAGAGCUCUAUGGAAACUCGACACUUUACAGAAGGUCCGUGUUUUUACGUGGCAAGUGGGACAUGAAAUUCUUCUAAAAAAUGGAAAGAUCAGAUCCAGCAGACCAGGUUUUAACAAAGGAUGCUCGAGAUGUGGAGCCGAGGUCGAAACAUUGCUUCAUGCGCUAAGAGAUUGCCCAACGUCGAGAGCAGUUUUGUCGAUAGGAGGAUGGUCCAACUUCAUGCUAUCAUAA